GGCGUUCAUAUGUUGCUGGGUGUGUGAAAUUCAAUUUACUAUUUAUUUUACCCGAAAAAACUAUUGAACUGAGGUGAUUAUAUAAUUGUAAUAUUGUGGUAGUGAUAAUUAAGUGCUGGUCAUUGUUCAAACUGGUAAUAAAUUAUAUGACCAAUUAGAUCAAUGACUACCCCUAUUGACAAGACUGGAGUCGGGACUCUGAUGCGUCGUUGGUUUUCUCUUCAGUGCUUCUUAAAAAGUACUGAGAUAUAGGAGAGGAGUUACUGAUCAAUGUGUAGUAGAAAUAGAACAAUGGUGUUGAGCCCAUUGGCAGAGGGUUCCAUGUUGAAAGCGGCCAAUAAAACCACAGUAUGAUGGACUCAGAAUUGCCACCCGGUAGCUGUAAUUCCACCGGACACCUGUCCACAAUCGGAUACCACACCCUGCCUGGCCGUAUGCACCACUCGGCAAGCACUCCGGCGGGGGUGGACUGCGCGGGCGGGGGCUCGCGGACACCUCCCGCGACACCGAAGAAGGGCGGCAAGAUGCUCGCCGUCCGAGUGCAGAUGUUAGACGACAGUAUCUCCAUGUUUCAAAUACAGUCGAAGGCGCUGGGCAGGGUAUUGUUCGACCAAGUCUGCAGACAGCUGCAUCUUCUAGAAGCGGACUACUUCGGUCUAGAGUAUCAAGACGCCAAUGGUACAAAGUACUGGUUGGACGUGGAGAAACCAAUGUGCCGACAACUAGGUCUGUCGAUGCUGGAGCCGACGCUGCGGUUCUGCGUGAAGUUCUACACGCCGGACCCGGCGCGGCUCGAGGAAGAGUUCACACGGUACCUGUUCUGUCUGCAAGUGAAGCGAGACCUGGCGCAGGGCUGCAUACAAUGCAACGAGAACACCGCCGCGCUGAUGGCCAGCUACAUAGUGCAAGCGGAGUGUGGUGACUUCGUCCCUGAAGACUAUCCGGAUCACACGUACCUCAGCGGGUACAAAUUCUUCCCCGGACAAGAUUCCGAGUCCGAAAGGAGAAUUAUGGAGAACCAUAAAAAACACAUAGGUCAAAGUCCCGCGGAGGCAGACCUAAACCUGUUAGAAACUGCAAGAAGGUGUGAAUUAUACGGUGUUAAGAUGCAUCCGGCAAAGGACCACGAGGGUGUACCGCUCAACUUGGCGGUAGCGCACAUGGGCAUAGCGGUGUUCCAGAACUUCACCAAGAUCAACACAUUCAGCUGGGCCAAGAUUAGGAAGAUAUCGUUCAAAAGGAAAAAGUUCCUCAUCAAACUACAUCCGGAGGGCUAUGGAUACUAUCGCGACGUGGUGGAAUUCUUCUUCGAGGGACGCAACGAGUGCAAGAACUUUUGGAAGAAGUGUGUGGAGAACCACGGUUUCUUCCGCUGCUCGAGUGUGCCGCGGCUGCCGAGGCACAAGACCAGAGUCAUCUCUAGAGGCUCCUCGUUUAGGUAUAGCGGCAAAACGCAGAAACAAAUCGUCGAGUUCGUCCGAGACAACUAUGUAAAGCGGCAGACAUUCCAGAGGUCGGGGUCGUUCCGCGCGUCGCGGUCGGUCGGCUCGUCGCGCGGCAACGUGUCGCACGCCGCGCACUCGCCCGCGGCCGCGCCCGCCACCAUCAACGCCAGCCUCUCCGCGCACCCGCUGCUGCCGCUGCCGCCCGGCUCCGACGCGAUUUCCCUGGAGUGGGACAAGCAACCUCACUACCUGGAGGCUUCUCUGAUGAUGAAGGGAUACAGUGCGGAGGAGGCGCGCGCGGCGGCGGCCUCGCGGACCACCCGCCGCCCGCAGGAGGCCGCGACUCGCCCGCCGCUCGCAGCUACCGCCUAUGUCACCACGAGGGACAAGCUCUCAAAACUGUACUGCAGCCAAAUCGCAGCGCCAGAGCUUGUGACCCAUGCCGAGGUCAAUCAUCAUCCUACACUGGAUUCGCCUCUGCCUCGUCGGACGACGACACAGUUGGUUUCUCCGGAGAGUAUAUGGAGCCGGGCGAGUACGGCGGGCGCUGGCCGCGCGCGCGCGCCCACUCCGCCGCCGCGUGGGCCGCGGCCGCAGCCCCCGGGGCUCCCGGGCCCGCCCCCGCCCCCGCCCCCGCCGCCAGACGAGACAUCGCCAGAGGAAGAUAAUACGGUGUCGUCGGCGAGUCUGUGCAUGUCGCCAUCAGCGAACGAAGAUCGCAGUUUGAACGAAGACCGAAACGUAACGGAAGAUCCGAAUAUGAACGAAGAUCCCAGUAUUCACGGGGAGCCGCUGUGUGCGUCCACGCCGCACGUGCGGGCGACGCGCGCGCUCGCCAACGGACACGACGCACGCGACCGGAACUGCAACAGAGUCAACGGGAAUAUUAACGUGCACGUUGUAUCAGAAUCGACGACCAGUAUGGAUGUGCUGAGCGGUGGGGAGAGCGACGCGGGCGAUACACUGAAACGACAAAAUAAUAAUAACAGUAUAUCGUCAACGCUAACGAGUAUUAUCCGCGAGGGCGGCGGGGGAACUGAAGUUCGGCGGCGACGUGGUGCAGAUGUCACAUACUUUGUCGCCAAGGAGUUACUAAUGACUGAGCGAACAUACAAGCGGGACCUCGAACUAGUCACUGUGACGUGGUCGUCGCGCGUGUCGUCGCUGGCGGCGAGCCCGGGCGGAGACGUGCCGGCGCUGGCCCGCGCCUGCCUCGCGCUCGGACCGCUCGCGCUGCCCGCCGGAGCACUGCUCGCCCGCCUCGAGCGCGCGCUCGCCUGCGUGCCGCACGAUAAUGAAGAACCAGAGUACAAAAAGACACCUGAAUUAUUGUAUGACCAUUUGUCGAGUACAUUUGAUGAGUACGUGAGGUAUAUAUGCAAUGCGGGUGCGCUGGUGGCGCUGGUGGAGAGCGUGCGGCGCGGGAACCCCGCGGUGGAGCGCGCGUGCGCCGCGUUCGACGGCAGCGCGCCGCUGCCGCUCGCCUGCCUGCUGCUGCGGCCGCUGCACCGCCUGCUGCACCUGCACCGCCUCGCCGCAGAACUGUGCGCGAGUAGCGGAUGUGAAGCAGCCGUACGCGCCUUAGAACUCGCUGAACAAGCGGCGGCCGCGGCGCGCGACCAGCUGCGGCACGUCGAGAACCACAUCGCGCUGUGCCAGCUGCAGCGCGACAUACGAGGUUACGAUAAGCUGUUAGUCGCCGAGAGGGAAUUUGUUCGAAUGGGUUGCCUGUACAAGCAUUCCACGAGAGGGCUGCAGCAAAGGAUGCUUUUCUUGUUGAGCGACAUCAUGGUGAUAGCGAUGCGUGCGGGCGGCGGCGGGCAGUUCCGCGCGGCGCGUGUAGUGUGUCUGCGGUCGCUACAGCUCAGCGCUUCGCACCUGCCGCACUCCUUCCAACUACAAGGCGAGGACGUGGACUUAUUGUUCAGUACUAGUAACGAGCAAGAAUUCAUAGGCUGGUACCAGUCGUUAGAAAGUACUAUAGCGGCCGCGCGUAACAAACACACCGCAGUCGACACUGAACUCACGCCGUACGAAAUGGAAAUCGAGUCGCCGGUGGAGGCGUGUGUGACCGCGGGCGGCGCGCUGGGCGGCGUGUGCUGGCACCGCGUCACCUCGCUGCACAGGGAACACCUGCACGGGGCGCUCAGGACGCAACUGUCUGGCCAUUUGCUGCGUAAGUUCAAGAAGUCCCCGGGCUGGCAGAAGCUGUGGGUGGUGUUCGCAGCGUUCACGCUGUACUUCUACAAGAGCUGGCAGGACGACACCCCGCUUGCCUCGCUGCCGCUGCUCGGGUACAGCGUGGGCCCACCAACGGAAGGCGAUGGCAUCGACAAAGACUUAGUUUUCAAGCUCCAGUUCAAGAAUCACGUAUAUUUCUUCAGAGCGGACAGUCUGUUCACAUACAACAGAUGGACAGAAGUGCUCCAAACGGCGAUGGUUCAUGAUCACAAUUAAUUGAUCUAAAUUAUUCACAACAACCAAUAAUCAUGCAGCUACAAAAAUUGGUGCCAUAUUGAUAUUGUAUAAAAAAUAUAAAUUAUAAAGCAAUGUAAGUCUUGCCCAGAUCAAGUCGUAUAUAUGUUAGUAUAUUUAAUAAGUUAAUAGUGAUUUCAAAGUGAUAUACCAUGUAGGUAUUAGUUCAUGUUUUGUAUGAGUCAGUUAUACCCAAGUUGCUGUUAAACUUGGUAUUCUACCUGAUAGUGUAUAAAUAUCUGAAUGACUUGGACAAGAAAAGAAUAAUACAAAAUUACAAUAAAUAAGUUUGGUAAUCAUGCUCACAAAUUUAAAACCUAAGACAUUAAAAUGUUAUAUAUUUAUGUUUUAUAUAAAAGAGAGUAACAGAAACCAGUUUUCUUCUCGAUUUCGCAUCAAUAUUAUUAUAAAUAAAAUUUACGUUUUUCUGUUCUUGC